AUGGUUGGACUUGGCCCCAAGCACCCGCAUUCCCGGAAGGGGUCCAUGCACGAGCUCCCCCAGAACUUGUUGGAGCCUAUUAAGGAAUUCGAGAAGGCUUUCACCGUCGAUCGCUCCAAGCUUAAGGAGAUUGUGAACCACUUCGUCAAGGAGCUCGAGAAGGGCCUGAGUGUUGAGGGUGGCAACAUUCCCAUGAACGUCACCUGGGUCCUGGACUUCCCCGAUGGAAAUGAGCGGGGUACCUACCUGGCCCUCGAUAUGGGCGGCACCAACCUACGUGUUUGCGAGAUUACCUUGACCGAGGAGAAGGGCGCUUUCGAUAUCACACAAUCUAAGUACAAGAUGCCCGAGGAGCUGCGGACUGGAACCGCCGAAGAGCUGUGGGAGUACAUCGCCGACUGCUUGCAGCAGUUCGUCGAGACCCACCACGCCGGGGAAAACCUCACCAAGCUGCCUCUUGGUUUCACUUUCUCCUACCCCGCCACUCAGGAGUACAUCGAUCACGGAUGUUGUUCCCCCCUCGAGGCGAUCCUGAAGAAGCGGGGUCUUCCCAUUAAAGUUGCAGCCCUUAUCAACGACACCACCGGUACCCUCAUUGCUUCCUCUUACACCGACACCGCUAUGAAGAUUGGCUGCAUUUUCGGUACCGGCGUCAACGCCGCAUACAUGGAGAACGCAGGAUCCAUACCCAAGCUUGCCCACAUGAACCUGCCCGCCGAUAUGCCCGUCGCCAUCAAUUGCGAAUACGGAGCCUUCGACAAUGAGCACCAAGCCUUCGAGAAGAUGACCGCUGGUCUGUACCUUGGAGAGAUCUUCCGUCUCGCACUAAUUGACCUGGUCGACAACCGCCCUGGUCUGAUCUUUAACGGCCAGGACGUCACUAAGCUCCGCAAGCCCUACCUGCUCGAUGCCUCCUUCCUCGCCAACAUCGAAGAGGACCCCUAUGAGAACCUGACCGAGACCUUGGAUCUCUUCGACAGCAAGCUGAGCAUCCGUCCUACCCAGCCAGAGCUAGAGCUUAUCCGCCGCCUCGCCGAGCUGAUCGGUACCCGUGCCGCUCGUCUGUCCUCGUGCGGAGUCGCCGCUAUCUGCACCAAGAAGAACAUCGAGUCCUGCCACGUCGGUGCUGACGGCUCCGUCUUCACCAAGUACCCCCUCUUCAAGGAGCGUGGUGCCCAGGCCCUGCGUGAGAUCCUCGACUGGGCCCCUACCGACAAGGACAAGGUCUCCAUCAUGGCCGCUGAGGAUGGUUCCGGUGUUGGUGCUGCCCUGAUUGCUGCCCUGACCCUCAAGCGUGUCAAGGCCGGUAACCUCGUUGGUGUCCGCAACAUGGAUGACAUGAAGACCCUGCUUUGA